CUUAAACUCAUGUAGUGUUAGAGGGAAAAUGGCUGAUCUACAUUCAAGUCAUGCAACAAAUAAUUACUUGGGGCCUGUUUUAGAAAGAUGAGGUCUUGGUUUGAACGAUCAUGGAAGCGCCUGGGAGCCUGGGAAUCAGCCAGGAUAUUAAAGCCGAGAAUCCAACUGUUGAUCUGGAGGAAGCAGAGGCAGACUGGGUGAGAGUGAGAGUGGAGGAAAGCUGGUUCCAUCUUAACCGUGGGUUUCUUGUAAGGCACAGCGACUAUUUCCGAGCUCUUUUUCACUCAGGGAUGAAAGAAAGCCAGGAAGAGGAGGUAUAUCUGAGAGGAGGCGUGCACGCAAGAGGUUUCCUUGUUGCGCUUGCCGUCUGCAGGGAUGAGAACCCCCCCAUCAUGGACCCAGAAGAGCUUGUUGAAGCCGUAGAGUGUGCUGCUUUCCUGCAGAUUCCCACUUUGACUCAGCAUCUUUGCGACAUCAUAGACUCGGAUAACUGCCUCUUGCUUUACCACGCGGCUUCCAUCUUCGGAGUGGACAGACUGUUUCAGAACGCCGCUCUCUUUCUUUGUGAUGCUUUUGAUGACCUCAAGGAAGCAGCAGAAAGCACAAUUCCUGAAGAGCUGCUCAAAUACUCUCAAACGCUCUCCCCUGCUAGCUAUAUUGCCAUAGGGACCCACACGCCAUCAAUGGAGCUGCUGCAGGACUCUUUCAGGGUUGUUUGCUUCCUUGAUGAAAAGGAAGGGGAGUGGAAGCAUCUGACAAACCUGCCAACUCUUUGCAGUACCUCCAGGGCUGGGGUGGCCGUGCUUGACAAUCGGCUGUACAUUGUUGGGGGAAUUUACGGCUAUGGCAAAGACACAGUGGACAGAAGCUUCUGCUACAAUCCAGAUUCAGGGAUAUGGGCAACUCUUCCAGGUCCACAGCAACCAAGAUACGACUUUACGCUGCUUGGGCAUGAGGGGCACCUAUACGCCAUUGGUGGAGAAGCUCAAAAACAGAUAAUUUCCACAGCAGAGAAGUACGACGCAACAAAGGGAGAGUGGACGUUUAUCCAACAUGCACCCAGACCUGUAGCAUCAGCCGCUUGUGCUGUUGCUCGUCAGCGAUUGUUUGUUUGCUUCUGGAAACCCCCUGACACUACAGAUAUCUAUGAGUACAUGCCACUAAAAGACCAGUGGAGUCUCACCACCACCAUGAUCAGACCGCAAAGCUACGGCCACUGUAUGGUGGCCCACAGGGACAAUUUGUAUGUGAUGAGGAACGGGCCUUGCGACGACUUCCUGCGCUGCCUGAUGGACUGCUACAACAUUACGACUGGCCAGUGGACCGCCAUGCCCGGACAUUACAUAAACAGCAAAGGGGCGCUGUUCACUGCGGUGACAAGAGGGGACUCUGUGUUCACAGUGAAGCACAUGUUGACUCUUGAAUACACCAUCACGGCAAAUGGAUGGAAACCCCACAGACAGAUGAAGGGAUUCCCAAAGAGUGGUUCACUAUGGACUUGUCUGCUUAGACUCCCCAAGACCGGACCAGUUACACCAAAACUGGAUGUGGAUGAGAGACAAAGAGAAAUCGCUUUGCCAGACAUUCCAGAAAGAUUUGUGGAUGUUAUACAACAAAUGUGAAGUUACUCCAACUGAGCUAGAAUGAUUAAAAGUCUAAGAGGUUAAAAAAUGUUGAAUACUUCUGGACAUUUUUAACAGAUAAAUACACUUCACACAUUCACUUACUCACAUACACAACACAUACACACAAAGAUGUGCUGACACUAAAGAUUUGCUCUGAUUAGCAACAGCUGCUUCUGUGGUUCAGAUCAGGAAAGACCGCUGUGUCUGUGUGUGUAAAGUUCAAAGGGGUUGAUGGGAUGUUCUGAGCCUCUCAUUCUCUUGCCAUUUUCCCGAAGUCGCACUGGGCCAAUUCAGGAACCAGUAAUUUCCCGGUCAACACAAAGGCCUACCACUCACACACUCCUGAGCAAUUGCUGCUUUAGUGUGCGGUCGCUUGUUUCUGUGACUUAUAGGCUUGUAAACAGCCUAGGAUUUUUUUUCUUAACCUGUUUCAGUAAAAUAAAAGCAAAUAUAAGUAGAUUUGCAUUAUAUUAGUGAUAGCAAUGUCUAUUAUUACAAUGCCUUGUAAGA